AUGCGGAGCGCGGCAGUGGCGGCGGCGCGGCCCUUCCCCGCGGAGCGCCGCUGUCCGGUGUGGGGCUGCCCCGCCGGGAUCCCCGGGGCUCCGGUGAGCAGACCGGAGCCCUCCCGGCCGUCGCGGGCCCCGUGCGGCCCGGUUCGGUUCUGCCCGCAGAGCCGGGGGCCGCCGGUGGCAGCGCCGCGGCGGGGCCGGAGCCGCCCGGGGCCACCCGGUGCUCACCGCCUGCUCUCGCCGCAGAGCCCCCGGAGGCUCCCGAAGCGCAAGAGCCGCUUCAAGAGGUCGGACGGCAGCACCUCGUCCGACACCACCUCCAGCAUCCUCCGCAGGCAGGGACCCCGCGACCCGGCGCAGCACCCGGCGCGGCCCCUUCAGCACCUCGGAGAGAGCCCGGCUGGGCCCCGCCAUGUGCCCGACGGGGCUGCUGCCGGCUCGGGGCAGGACCGGAGCCGCUGCACCGGAGCAUGGAGGUACCCACCGGGACCCCCCCCGCCGCCGCCCCGGAACCCCGAGCUGCGCGCUGCGGGAGCCUUCAGAGCCCCUCCGCCGCUGCUCCGGGACUCCCCUCUCAGCCAGAGCUCUCUUAGCAAACUGCCCCCCCUCCGGGCCACCGGGAGCUGCGCCGGUGCCCCGUUCGGGUGCCGCUCACCGGGACCGCCCGGGACUCCCGGCUGCCAGCGCAGCCCCCCCGCGGUCCCCACCGGAGAGGGGCCGGAACCCCUCGCCAGCACCGAGAAGGGGGAACGGCGACCCCCAACACACACCCACCCACCCAUCCCCCCCGGGCUGAGCGGCGGGGGCGGCUCCGUGCGCCGCGGGGGGGGGCGGUGGGAGGCGGGGGCGGGGAGGGGCGGGGAGGGGCGGUGGCGGCGGAGCGGGCAGGGCCAGCCGGAGCCCGAGCCGCAGCCGGAACCGGAGCCGGUGCCGGUGGAGUGGGGCGGGGGGGGCGCGGGCGGCUCGGCUCGGCUCGCCCCGUCUAUGUCGUUUUCUGACUCCAGCGCUACCUUCCUGCUCAACGAGGUACCGGCUCCGGUACCGGCCGCGGUAUCAGGGGAGCGUGCGCGGGGGGCAGCGGUCGGUUUGGGGGGGACCUGCGCCCCCGGGGUGCUGAUGGCGCACGAAGGGGCUGUGCCUCGGGGAGGGGGCCGUGGCCGAGCUGGAAGGGGGUCACAAGGGUCCCCUCCCGAGGCUGGCACCGCCUCAGCACGAGGUCCCUCUGUGUGGGGGUUUCCCCUCACAGCCCCCCGGCACUCAGCCCCGUUCCCCCAGGGCUCGGCGGACUCCUACACCAGCCGCCCAUCCCUGGACUCCGACGUGUCCCUGGAAGAGGACCGUGAGGGCGCCCGGCGCGAGGUGGAGAGCCAGGCUCAGCAGCAGCUCGAGAGGGCCAAGCACAAGCCGGUUGCCUUCGCCGUGCGCACCAAUGUCAGCUACUGCGGGGCGCUGGAUGAGGAGUGCCCAGUGCAGGGAGCCGCCAUCAACUUUGAAGCCAAAGAUUUUCUGCACAUCAAGGAGAAAUACAGCAAUGACUGGUGGAUCGGGCGCCUAGUGAAGGAGGGGGGGGACAUCGCCUUCAUCCCCAGCCCCCAGCGCCUGGAAGCCAUGAGGCUCAAGCAGGAGCAGAAAGCCAGGAGAGCUGGCAAUGCCUCGGGCCUCGGCGACAGCGGGAGCCGGCGAUCGCCUCCCCCCUCCUUAGCCAAGCAGAAGCAGAAGCAGACGCAGCACAUCCCACCCUACGACGUGGUCCCCUCCAUGCGGCCCGUGGUGCUGGUGGGGCCCUCACUGAAAGGAUAUGAGGUCACCGACAUGAUGCAGAAAGCCCUCUUCGACUUCCUCAAGCACAGAUUCGAUGGCAGGAUCUCCAUCACACACAUCACAGCUGACCUGUCCCUGGCCAAGCGCUCCAUCCUCAACAACCUGGGCAAGCAGGCGAUCCUGGAGCGCUCCACCACCCGCUCCAGCAUUGCCGAGGUGCAGAGUGAGAUCGAACGCAUCUUCGAGCUGGCCAAGUCGCUGCAGCUGGUGGUGCUGGACGCUGACACCAUCAACCACCCGGCCCAGCUGGCCAAGACCUCCCUGGCACCCAUCAUCGUCUACGUCAAGGUGUCCUCCCCCAAGGUCCUGCAGCGGCUCAUCAAGUCCAGGGGCAAGUCCCAGGUGAAGCACCUCAAUGUGCAGAUGAUGGCAGCCGACAAGCUGGUGCAGUGUCCCCCGGAGCUCUUUGAUGUGAUCCUGGAUGAGAACCAGCUGGAGGAUGCCUGUGAGCACCUGGCUGAGUACCUGGAGGUUUACUGGCGUGCCACGCACCACCCGCCACACGCCCCCCACGCUGUCCCCUCGCCCACCGGACUCCCCGGCCUGCAGAGCCAGCAGCUGCUGGGGGAGCGGGGCGAGCACUCGCCGCUGGAGCACGACAGCCUGAUGCCGUCGGAUGAGGCGGGGGACACCUCGCCCCAGCAUUGGGGAGCCACAUCCCAGCGCAGCUCGCGGCACCUGGAGGAGGAGGAGGAGUACGGAGACCCCUACCCCGACCUGUACCAGCCCCACCGGCACCACGGCAGCGGUCCCGGCACGCCGGAGCGCCCGAGCGAGCGCAACCACGACAGGAACUGGCAGCGCAGCCGGCCCUGGGCCAAGGACAGCUAUUAGGAGUGGGGAGGGGGGGG